AGUCUUGCUAGAUUUUUUUCGAGGAGCACACGUUCUGUUUUUUUGCGCGUAAUUUCGACUACAAUUAAUAUUAAAUCAUUAAUAAAUUACUCAAAAUGAGUGCGAUAUCGAAAUAAACAACAACUGUAACGAUAGCAAACAGUGAAAAGCGAAGCGAGAAGCAGUUGCUUGCUGUGCUCUGUGUUGAUCUCUUCUCUGUGCGUGUGUGUGUGUUGUGUUGCUGGUGUGUGUGUGUGUCGAGUGAGUGCGUUAUAAAUAAAACGCCAAGAAGAAGCUGCGUGCAAAAAGUAGACGCCAAGAAAAAUAAAAAAGAAUGUGCCCAAAAACAACAGUGCAAGAAAAGAAAGUGUUUUUCGUGAAUUUCCAUUGAAUUUCUAAUACAUUUCUAAUUAAUUUCUGAAUAAAGUAAGGGCGAAAGUGCAUUUUUACAUACGUGUGUGUAUUUUGCUGCUGCUGCAAAAGCACAAAUUGAACUGUGAACUUUAUUUGGAUUUGGGGACAACAACAAGAAGCAACAAGCAACAAGGAGCGUUCAACUUGCAACAACAACAGCAACAGCACGCCGUGUAAUGGAUGCAACAUCAAUAAUAACGCAAGUUUCACGCGAUGAUGAACAAUUGAAUGUCUAUCCAAGCGACAAAGGAGAAGAUGUGGAUCGUUUGAAGCCACAAAAACGAGGUAUUCUACAAUCGUUACUUUGCUGCUGGCGACGAAAUCGAACGAAAACCAAUCAGAAUGGCACACAGAUCGAUGGAUCGACAACACCGCCGCCCCUACCGGACCAACAAAGGUACCUACUACCUCAGGUUAGGCACUCCGAUAUGCAUAGAAAGUGCAUGGUAAUCGAUUUGGAUGAGACUCUAGUGCACAGUAGUUUUAAGCCAAUACCUAAUGCCGAUUUCAUAGUACCCGUGGAAAUCGAUGGCACCAUUCAUCAGGUUUAUGUGCUAAAGCGACCGCAUGUGGAUGAGUUUCUGCAGAAGAUGGGUGAACUGUACGAGUGCGUUUUGUUUACAGCAUCACUAGCCAAAUACGCAGAUCCCGUUGCCGAUCUGCUAGACAAGUGGAAUGUGUUUCGUGCAAGACUGUUUCGGGAAUCAUGCGUUUAUUACAGGGGUAAUUACAUUAAGGAUCUAAAUCGUCUGGGCAGGGAUUUACAAAAGAUUGUCAUUGUUGAUAAUUCACCGGCCAGUUAUAUAUUUCAUCCCGAUAAUGCGGUUCCUGUCAAGUCAUGGUUCGAUGAUGUGACCGACUGUGAACUGCGCGAGCUGAUACCGCUCUUUGAGAAGCUAAGCAAAGUUGAUUCCGUCUAUUCGGUGCUCUGCAAUUCGAACCAGCCGCUAAACAAUCAAAUCAAUCAGCACGAGCUGCAACAGGCCCCACAGCAGCAACAGCAGCAACAAACCAUCUCUGCCACAACAGUUAUUACACAGGCGAGCACGCUGUCUGCACCGACCAUGCUGAAUGCUGCGCAACAGCAACAACAGCCGCAGCAGCAGCAGCUGCAACAACAGCAACAACAACAACAGCAACAACAACAAUUGCAGUUGUCCAGUCCGCCCAGCCCACAAAGCGAGCUGCUGCAGAAGACGUAACAUCAGUGGGAAUUAAUGUUUAUAAAUAUAUGAUAAAAAAAACGUAUACAUAUUAUGAGACCAAGCAAAAGCAAAACAAGCAAAAGCCUGCAAAAACAAUAUAUAUACACACACUAACACACACCCACAUACACACACACACAGAGAAACAAUAGGAAACUUAUUUAAAACUGUAAUUGCAUUGAUAUAUCUAUCUAACUAACCCUUUGCUAGGCUAAGCUCAAGGUUUUUAUUUUUUUAAAACUAUUUACAAGGCACAUUUGUUAUUUAUUUUAUUCGAUUUAUUUUUUACUUUCCUGGCUCUUGGUUUUGUUAUUUGUUUUUAACAUAGUGCAUAUAUAUAUGUAUAUAUGUAUGUGUGUGCGUGUGUUAAUUUUUUUUUUAUAUAAACGAAAGCAAAGAAAGGCCACGCUUACCCAUUAUACUGGGUAUUUUCCCCAUUCAAGAAAAAAAAUAUAUAUAUGUAUACAUAAAUAUCUAUGUAUAACUAAUAAUCAUUGAACUUUUAUAUACACCAUAUAUAUAUAUAUACAUAUUUUAAGUGCGCAUAUUUAACAAAGGGAAAAACUAAGCAAGCUAAAAAAUCUAAUGCAGCUAACAAAAAAGAAUAAAAAGAAAAAGAAAAAAAAACAAGAAAAAAGAAUAACUAUACAUAUGAGCAGAGAGAUAAAAUCAAAUUCAAAAUAGCAUAUAUUUAUAUAUAUAUUUUUUUUAUUAAAAACAAAAACAAAAAAAACACUACUUAAAAGAAA